AAGUAUUGGCUGUGCAAAGAUUGGUGAAGGUCAAGGCAAUAUGGCGGACAAAAAACACAAGAAAAAGCAAAAAGAAAAGCGAAAAGGCAAGAGUAAAGAUGACAUAGAGCUGUACAAGCACUAUGAAACAUUUUAUGAAGCAGCUCCUCCUGGAUAUGUUCGAGUUGAAGAAGAGAAACCUGAAGAUUGCAUUCCAAAUCUGCCUGAGAAUGAACAAGCUCGAGAAUUUUUAUCAAAAGCGCCAUCCAAAGGAUUGUGGAUGCCUCUCGGAAAGGAGGUGAAGGUUAUGAAAUGCUGGAGAUGCAAGUCAUAUGGUCACAGAACUGGAGACAGAGAAUGUCCAAUGUUUGUUUCAGGCAAUCAAACAAGUGAAAGAUUUAGAAUGGCGCACGAAGAUCCCAUGCAUGACUUUAUUGUUGAGAAAAAAAAGACUGAAAAGGAACAAAGAAUUGAGCAGUUGAAGGCACUCCUGGAGGAACCUACAACAUCUGAAAGUGACGAUUCUUCUGACGAGAGCAGUAAUUCUGAAAUGCAUCAUAAACACAAAAAUAACAAGAAAGGGAGAAAGAGGAAGCAUAAAGGAAAAAGAUCUGAUUCUAGCAGUGACACUACUACUGAAGAGGAAGCACAAAAAGAAAAAACUUACUACACACACUAACUCUAGCUCCACUGAGAAAAGACAUAAAAAGCAUGCCAAGCUUAAAUCUCGACACGCUAAAAACUCAGACAGUGAUUCAAGUGACAGUUCUGCUUAUUCAAAUGGCAAAAGCAUAAAAAGAGACAUAACAAGAAAAUAAGGCAUAAAUCCAGUAAAGAUUAGUAAAGAU